AUGGGAUUCAAUGGCCUUGUUGGAAUAGAUUCUCGCAUUUAUUGUAUUAAGUCCUUAUUGCGCAUUCAAUUGUUAGAUUUUAAAAUUGUAGACAUUUGAGGAAUGGGUGGUAUAGGUAAAACAACGAUAGCUGGAGUUAUGUUCAACUAAAUUUCUAGUCAAUUUGAUGGUUGUUGCUUCAUUGCAAAUGUUAGUGAAGAAUCAGAAAAAUGUGGCCUACUACAUCUACGAAAUCAACUUCUUUCUCAAAUGUUGGAAGAAGAACAUCUCACAUUAGGCACUCCAAUUAUACCAGAAUAUUAGAAGAGACUUCAAUACAGAAAGGUUAUCAUUGUCCUUGAUGAUGUAGUAGAUUAUGCCAAGGGAAACCCGUUAGCUCUUAAAGUGUUGGGUUCUUCUCUAUAUGAAAAGAGUGUGCAAGAUUGGAAGAGUGUAUUGCGUAAAUUAAAAAAUAUUUCCAAUCCGAAAAUUCACAAUGUGUUGAAGAUUAGUUAUGAUGGACUUGAUCGUGAAGAGCAAGAUACAUUUCUUAACAUUGCAUGCUCUUUUAAAAGGGAUGAUAGCAAACGCGUAACAGAAAUACUAGAUAGUUGUUACUUGUCUACACAUGUUGGAUUGAGUGCUCUUAUUGAUAAAUCACUUGUAACUAUAUCAUACAACAAGCUCGAUAUGCAUGAUUUAAUACAAGAAAUGGGUUGGGAAAUUAUUUGCAAAGAAUCCUUCAAAGAGCUUGGCAAAUGUAUUAGUUUGUGGAAUCAUGAUGAUGUCUUUCAUGUAUUGAAGAGUAACACGGGGUCUGAUGCAAUUCAGGGCUUGUUUUUAGAUAUGUCCAAAGUACCAAACCUGCAUCUAAGUUCUGAAGCCUUUGAAAAUAUGCCAGAUCUUAAAUUUCUUAAAUUCUAUGUACCGUAUCAGCAAGUUAAAGAAUCUUUAAAUAUCUCUAAAGUGCAUCUUUCCCAAGGACUAAAAUAUCUUCCCAAUGAGCUGAGAUAUCUCUAUUGGCAUGGAUAUCCAUUGAAAACAUUGCCAUCAAAUUUUAGUCCAAUAAACCUUAUUGAACUCCAGUUGCCGUAUAGUAAUGUUGAUGUACAACUUUGGGUAGAUAACAAGCAUGGUUCAGAUGUCAAGUUGCUUGAUCAGCUUAAUCAUUCAGAUGGUCCAGAGCGUGAACAUUGCCAAAGUUUGGUUGACAUUCCCUUAUCUAUUCAAUAUCUCAAUAACCUUCGUGUCUUAAAUUUGUAUGGCUGUAAAAGUCUCAGGACUUUUCCAAGAAACAUACAUUUUAGAACUCUUAACAUUCUAAACAUCUCGUAUUGUAGUAAUCUCAAGAUGUUUCCACAAAUUUCGGGAAAUAUCAAAAGAUUAUAUUUAGAUGGGACAGCAAUAGAUGAAGUCCCAUCAUCAUUGGAGUGUUUAACUGAGUUAGAUACGUUACGACUGUGGCAGUGCGAUAGGCUCAAGAGUAUUUCGAAAAGCAUUUUCAAGUUGAAAUCUCUUUGUAAUCUUUCUCUUUGGCGUUAUAGAAUUCCCAAAAGUCAAUCAUCAUUCUGUCCUUCAUGUUGGAAGGAAUUUAGAAGUUUAAGCUUAGGUUUCAGCUAUAUAAAAGAAAUUCCCGAAGCUCUCUUUUGUUUAUCGUCAUUGGAAGUGUUAGAUCUAAGUGGAAACUUAUUUGAGAAUCUUCCUACGAGCAUCAUGAAAUUUUUUCAGUUGAGCGUGCUACGGUUAUGCUAUUGCAAGAAGCUUCAAUCAAUAUCAGAACUUCCACAGGCACUUGAACAUUUAAAUGCAAGCAAUAGCAGGCAACCCCAAUCAAUAGCGGUGCCUCCAUUGAAUCUAGAAGGAUUGGAUGAACCAGAACUGGAAAUAGUAUAUGAAAGGCUUCACUCAUCUUCAGGUCGACGCAUUGGAUUCGUGUUUACAAACUGCUUGAACCUGAAUCAGAAUACCGACAACAACUUUUACAAUUCCUGGGUGGUUCAGCCAUAUCAUAUCAUGGUUGAUUUAUUUUUUCUCUUAUUUCUUCGUCUUGUGCGCUCUAUCAUAUCAUGGUUGAUUUCUUUUUACAGGAAUUUGAUGAAAUACAUAAAAUCAGCUUAUGUUUACCUGGGAGUGAAAUUCCUGAGUGGUUCAGCCAUCAAAGUUCAAGAUCACAUAGUAUUAAGAUAUACGCCUCAUAUAGAUCUUAAGGGUGACUGCACAACUGCCUCGUUUGAGUUCAGCGUGUAUGAUAAAAAUAACGUAAGCCCAGAAGCAGGUUUGAGAUUGAAAUGUUGUGGGGUUCAUUCACUGUAUAUACAGCCCAACAUGAUCAGUACUGAAGAUUUAGGUGAAACAACAAUAGCAGACAAUGAAGAUUUAAGGAAAUUGCACGAUGAAACCACUUAUGGAAGUGAAAGUGGAAUUGAAAAUGGAACAUAUAAAGAGGUGGAAGUGGAACCAAAUGCCAACACAUAUUGCUAUUUACCAGCUGGUUGCUUAUUCCUCUUCUUGUUUGUGCUUUCUGGCUACUGGAGCCUUUAA